AUGUCCUGUGUUUUAAUUGACGCUCCAACUCGAACUGUAGCUCAGAAAACGAGGAACAGCCCCCCAUCUACCGGCAGCGUCUCCUCUGUAGCCGCACAGUCCGGAGCUGCUCAGGCUGCGCGCUGCACAGGGAGCUCACACACCGCCACAGCCGCAGAGCCUCAGAGCCCAGUUGGAUGCGCUGAGAGAGCGGGGCGCAGCGCUACAGCGGUACAGUAUAUGGAAGUUGUGGGCUGCAAGACAGAGGCAGGCAGUUGCACGUUGCGUCCAGGACCGGGAGCCAUGCUUUUCCACGGGAUCUCCGGGGAUCACAUCCAAGGGAUCAUGGAGGAGAUGGAGAGGAGGUCGAAGACGGAGUCGCGCCUGGCGAAGGGCAUGCAGCUCAACGGGAGAGAGUCGACCAUGCCUUCUAUGAGCCCGGAGAAGCCUGCCCUGUGUGCCGGCUGUGGCGGCAAGAUUUCGGACAGAUACUACCUCCUGGCCGUGGACAAACAGUGGCACCUGCGGUGUCUCAAAUGCUGUGAAUGUAAACUAGCGCUGGAGUCGGAGCUAACGUGUUUUGCCAAGGAUGGGAGUAUCUACUGCAAGGAGGAUUACUACAGAAGGUUCUCCGUGCAGAGGUGCGCGCGCUGCCACCUCGGGAUUUCAGCCUCGGAGAUGGUGAUGCGAGCGCGCGACUCCGUGUACCACCUGAGCUGCUUCACGUGCACCACCUGCAACAAGACCCUGACCACCGGAGACCACUUCGGCAUGAAGGACAGCCUGGUGUACUGCCGGCUGCACUUCGAGACGCUGGUGCAGGGACCGGACUACCACCCCCAGCUCAACUUCGCCGAGCUGGCAGCGAAGGGCGGCGGCCUCGCGCUGCCCUACUUCAACGGCACCGGCACGGCGCAGAAGGGGAGGCCGCGCAAGAGGAAGAGCCCGGCCAUGGGGAUAGAUAUACCCAGCUACAACACAGGCUGCAACGAGAACGACACCGAUCACUUGGACCGGGACCAGCAGGCCUACGCUCCAACACAGAAGACCAAACGCAUGCGGACCUCCUUCAAGCACCAUCAGCUGCGGACAAUGAAAUCCUACUUUGCCAUCAACCACAACCCGGAUGCCAAGGACUUAAAGCAGCUGGCCCAGAAAACAGGCCUCACUAAGAGAGUUCUACAGGUUUGGUUCCAAAACGCAAGAGCCAAAUUCAGAAGGAACGUUUUGCGACAGGAGAAUGGAGGUGUUGAUAAGGCUGAUGGCACCUCACUCCCUCCACCCUCAUCCGACAGUGGGGCCCUGACCCCCCCCUCCAGCGCGGCCACACUAACAGACCUGACAAACCCCUCUAUCACUGUAGUGACCUCCGUCACCUCUAGUUUGGACAGCCAUGAUUCGGGGAGCCCUUCGCAAACUACCUUGACAAACCUUUUCUAA